AUGGACGUCCACGUCGUCUCCAAAACAGACAACAAUACCCACGCAACCUUCUCCCUCCCUCCCCCAACCACCCCGCUCGCCGCCACCUCCUCCUCCUCCUCCUCCUCCCUCCGCAUCCGGCCGUCCCUCCUCAGCCUCACCUCCAACAAUCUCACCUACGCGCUCCUCGGCACCCAGCUACACUAG